CUGCAGCUGCUGAGCGAGUUUUCUCGGAUGUGCUGGAGAGUUUACCUGGCGGUGGGCGGAGCUUCGCGGCAGAAGUGUCCAUAUUUGGAGCGCGCGCGCGCGAGCGGAUGGGCGAGGUCACCUGGCUGCGGUUGCGUCACAGCCGAAACUACCUGCUGAAGCUUAUUUCCUCAAAUCGCCGCCGACUAGUUUAAAAAUCUUCACGCAGUGGCAGCGCACUUUGCUCUCUCAGAUUAAAAGGAUUAUAUUUUGAAUUUUUUUCCACCCGGCGUCGAAUGGAGCCUAAAUGGGAUACGUGGUUGGGAGUUCUGUUUGUUUUACUGCAGGUCCUUUGCGGUGGAUGCGUGGAGUCGACGCCAUGUUCUCCUGGCUUUGCUUCUGAUCUUUUCCUCCUCAGAGUUCACAGAGAACACCUGCAGAUUGGCACAAGGAUCGGCACAGUUGUUUUCGAUGACUGCAGUGGAAGAACGCGGACCAUCUUUGAUUCCGCUGAUAAGCGGUUUCAUGUAGCCUCAGAUGGCACAGUGAAGCUGAAGAGACAGGUCACUCUUCAUAAUGGCCAUAAGAUGUUCUCUGUCCAUGCUUGGGACUCCAGAGGAAAGAAACACACUGCGCUGGUGAGAGUGGAACAUCAGGGUCGAGCUGGCCACCAUCACGGGCAGCAGGAAGACGUUGGGGCGGUUGAGGCUGUGCAGACUGAAUCAUCCUCAGUUCUCCCACUUCUUGAGUUUCCAAAAUCAGGUGGGUUGCGGAGGAGAAAAAGAGAGUGGGUGAUUCCUCCAAUCUCAAUCUCUGAGAAGGAUCGUGGGCCUUUCCCCAAGCAGAUGGUGCAGAUUAAGUCCAGUCAUGCCAAAGAAACAAAGAUGGUGUACAGCAUCAGUGGUGAAGGAGCAGACCAGCCUCCAGUAGGACUUUUCACAAUAGACAGGAACAAUGGUUGGCUCUAUGUGUCAAUGCCUCUAGACAGAGAAACAAAAGAUAAAUAUGUGCUACAAGCCAGUGCUCACUCAGUUACUGAUAAUAUUAUAGAACCUCCCAUGGAGGUUAUAGUCCAAGUGCUGGACCAGAAUGAUAACCAUCCUGUCUUCACUCAAGAUCCAUUCGUUGGCAGUGUACCAGAAGCUUCAAAAAUAGGAUUUGAGUUCAUGACAGUCAGUGCCACUGAUGCGGAUGAUCCGAAUACUGACAACGCUGAUAUCAGGUACUCCAUCCUCGGUCAGAUUCCACCAGAGCCAAGUCCAAACAUGUUUGCGAUCAACCCUGUCAGUGGAGCAAUUCGAGUGAAUGCUGAUGGCCUGGACAGAGAGAAAUAUAGUGAGUAUACUUUGGAGAUUCGAGCAGCAGAUAUGCAGGGAAAUGGACUGACCGUCACUGGAAAAGCUGUUAUUACUGUAACGGACAGCAAUGACAAUGCUCCUAAAUUUCUGAAAAAUUUGUACGAGGUGACCGUUGAUGAGGGUUCAGUGGGAGCUGUGGUGGUGAAAAUGCCAGUGACUGAUGAUGACGAUGCACAGUCAGCUGCCUGGGCAGCAAAGUUUAAGUUUGUUAGUGGAAACAGUGGUGGAUUUUUCAACAUUAGCACAGGACCAAACAAACAGGAGGGCAUCAUUACUACUGUCAAGCCAUUGGACUUUGAGAGCAACAACAGAUACACACUGGUGGUGGCUGUAGAAAAUGAGGUUCCGUUUGCGAAACCUUUGCCUACCUCCACUGCCACGGUGAUUGUAAAUGUUGUUGACGUGAACGAGGCUCCAGUGUUCAACCCAGUGGAGAAGGUCAUUACCGCAGAAGAAAAUGCAGCGCUUGGUAGUCAGCUGACGCUGUACACUGCCACUGAUCCGGACACUGGGAAGUCCCAGAAAGUGACGUAUCGGGUAGGCAAUGAUCCUGCUGGCUGGCUCAAUAUUAGCGCAGACACUGGGGUAAUCAGAGUCAGGAGUCCUAUGGACAGAGAAUCUCAUUUUGUGAAAGAUGACAAAUACAGAGCCCUAAUCUUUGCUGUGGAUAAUGAUGAGAUUCCAGCAACUGGUACUGGUACCCUUGUGAUUGAGUUGAAGGAUGUGAAUGAUAAUGUUCCAGUAAUUGAAGAGAGGCUCAUCACAGUAUGUAAUAAGGAUUCCUCUCCAGUGGUCUUGUCCGUGACUGAUAAGGAUGGGCCUGGCUUUGCUGCUCCUUUUAAUGUGGAGCUGCAAGGAGAUGGCAAGAACAAUUGGACUGCCAGGAUGAACGAUUCAAAAACAGGGAUUAUACUUUCACUUAAGACUCCACUUGAGCAGGGAAUUUACAAUGUUGUUAUGAGGGUGUACGACAGCAGCCAUCAGUCGCAAGACAACACUGUCCAGGCCAGUGUAUGUGACUGCAGAGGAGAUGACGUUAAAUGCAUAGACAAAGCUGCGGGAGCAUUCGGCCUCUCCGGGGUGCUUGGAAUUUUGGGGGCUAUUUUGGCUCUGUUGUUGCUGGUCCUGCUGCUGCUUCUGUUCCUCAGAAGAAAAAACACAAAGAAGGAGCAGCCCCUGAUCAAUGAUGAUGAUAUCCGUGACAACGUUUACUAUUACGAUGAAGAGGGUGGUGGAGAGGAUGAUCAGGACUAUGACCUGAGUGUUCUGCACAGGGGCCUUGACAACCGUCCUGACGUGUUCCGUAAUGAUGUGGCUCCUACCUUUAUGCCUGCUCCACAAUAUCGGCCACGGCCUGCAAAUCCAGAGGAGAUUGGCACCUUCAUUGACGACAACCUGAAGGCGGCCGAUAACGAUCCCACGGCACCCCCCUAUGACUCCCUACUGGUGUUUGAUUAUGAGGGUGGUGGUUCAGAGGCAGGAUCCCUGAGCUCCCUGAACUCCUCCAGCUCAGGAGAUCAGGACUACGACUAUAUUGGUGAGUGGGGACCACGCUUCAAGAAACUAGCUGACAUGUAUGGAGGAGGAGAGGACUAAGAACUGAGAGAGAGGAGAUCUUUCUGAAAAGUCUUGUCAGGCAUGAAGCACAAGGAUGGAUGGAUGUAAAUAUGGGACAGUUUUAGUUUCCAUGUUGGCUUAUGCUUAAUAUUGGAACGGCACUGUCUAAAACGCGCCAAAAGACCUUGCUAAGAGAGUUGCUAUUUUUUUUCUGGAUCAUUUGUUGAUGGAUGACCUUUACUGCAUGGUUUUCAAAGCACUGAGGUACAAUGUUUAAUCAAUAAAAAAUUUUAUGAAGUGUUGGUACCCCCAUUUCUGUUUUAAUGACUUUAGAUAAUGAAAAUAUUUUACAUGUGUCAUUUUCUGUACCAUGCAAUUCCUUCUGUAUAGCCAUUUUUAAGUUGUAUGUUUUACUUUUUUAUAUAUUAAACGUUAUAUACACCA